UAAUCUUAGAAAAAGAAUUUAUUUAAUUAGUUAAUUAAUUAAUUAAAAGUUAAACAAAUUAGUUAAGACUUACUUUUUAAAAAGAUAAAAGAAAGAAAGAUGAUUAAGUAUAUUAUUUUUGCUACUCUUCUUUUAAGUGUAGUAUCUUGCAAGCCAAAAUGGCACUAACUUUAAAAUUACACUUUUGAAUAGUACAUAGUUGAUUUCGAAAAGGAAUACGAAGUCGAUUCUGUAGAAUACAAUCAAAGAAAGUAGACCUUCGAAAAGAAUUUGGUUGAAAUCAUUGCUUUUAAUAAUAAGGAUCAUUCAUACAAAAAGGGUGUUAACAGAAACACUGACUUAACUACUAAGGAGUUCUAAGUUUAACUUGGUUUAAAGAAGUCAAUGAAGAACAGAAAAAAUCCUAUUCAACGUUUGCUCGCUAAAAAUAAUACUGCUGCCAGCUUAACUGAUUUACCUUAAAGUGUUGAUUGGAGAUAAAAGGGUGUUGUUUCACCUGUUAAGGACUAAGGUGGUUGUGGUUCAUGCUGGGCUUUCGCUUCAGCUGCUGUUUUAGAAAGCGCUGCUGCUAUUGCUGCUGGACCUGGCUAAUUAAAAACUCUUUCUACUUAACAACUUGUUUCUUGCGUUCCUAAUCCCAACUAGUGUGGUGGUACUGGUGGUUGCUCUGGAGCAGUUGCUGAAUUAGCCUUCUCUUACACUACCUUAUAUGGUAUUACUUCUGAAUAUAAAUAUAGUUAUUAGUCCUACUUUGGUACAACUUACAGCUGCAAGUACGAUCCUAAGACUUAAAGUGCUGAAGUUAUUAACUAAGGUUAUGCUAAUGUUACUCCCAACGAUUAAAAUGCUCUCCUUGAAGCUGUUGCUACAGUUGGUCCUAUUGCCAUUUCUGUAGAUGCUUCUAACUGGGCUAGCUACGAAGAAGGUGUUUUUGAUGGUUGUGACUAUUCUAAAAACGUUGACAUCAAUCAUGCUGUCGUUUUAGUUGGUUAUGGUACUGAUCCUAAGUACGGUGAUUACUGGUUAGUCAGAAACUCUUGGGGAACCGACUACGGUGAGGAUGGUUACAUUAGAGUCAAGAGAGAAUCAGUUGCCUAAUGUGCUAUGGAUACAACUCCUACUGAUGGUUUUGGUUGUGCUGGUGAUGAAGAACCUAUUAAAGUUUGUGGUAUGUGUGGUAUUCUCUCUGACAGCGCUUAUCCUCUUAAAGUCCAAGUUAUUGGUUGA